AUGAUGAGCUCUGUGUAUGUCAAAGUGUCAGACGAGCAGUCAGCAGCAGAAGGCAAAGGAAGAUUCUCUCCUUCUUUGGAAGCAUUUUUACGCAGUAGCUCUUGAGACUUGAAAGGAAAAAGAGAGAGAGAGAGAGAAACAGAGAGACAUACACUCAGAGGAGUGAAAUACCUUAAGACUUUGUAAGUUUGCAAACCAAGGAGGGCUCCAAGGAAAAGACAAAAUUCAGCUGUUCUUUUUGCAGUUUACUAGAGCUAGUAUGGCCCAAACAAAAGUGCAUAGCAAAAUGAAUGAGACAGACAACAGUAGCAAAUUUUUCCGAUCAACUUCCAUGGCUGUGCGUUCUCAUCGCCUGUUGGAAUGUCUAGAUCAACUGGAACUAAGGGUGGAAGCUUUGCGUGAAGCAGGGACUGCGAUGGAACAAGAGAAAGAAAUACUACUCGAGAUGAUCCAAGGGGUGCUGACCAGCCAAGAUAUGAGGCAAAUAAGUGAUGGUGAGAGAGAAGAGCUGAGCCUAACUGCAAAUAGACUACUAGGCCGCACACUAACUGUUCAGAUUUCAGUCGAAACAAUUCGGAAUCCGCAUCAACAAGAAUGUCUUUUAAAUGCUACAAAGAUUAUAGAUGAUAUAGUCAACAAACUCCUGGAAGAUGUAGCAGCUGCUAAAAGUCAGCUGUUGUCUCUUCAGGCUGCCUGUACGUCAGAUGUAAAGUCAGCACCCAUCGAUCAGAAAUUUCAAAACUUGGUCAUAGGCUGUGCUAUUGAAGACCAGAAAAAAAUUAAAAGACGACUUGAGACAUUGAUUCGAAAGAUUGACACCUCUGAAAAAUCAAUCAGUUUACUAGAUCCCCAGGGUCAGAUGCCACCUGCUCUGAAUAACUGUAGCAAACAGAAGUAGAAGAAUGGAGUACAAUUUUGCUGCAACAAGUAAACAAGUUGAUACCUCUAAAUAAAAAAAACCUGUACACAGUGAAAAAAGACAGUGUUCUUCAUUCUGUUAACUGGUAGAUUUACAACAGAAUAAUGCCGAAGAGCAUCAUAAAUCAUGACUGCAGCUGAAUAAAAAUCGAUGCAGAGCUGGGAAGUAUAUGUAGCCUUAGCUACAUAAAUAG